GCUGGGCCCCUCGGAGUUGCUUUUUCUUAAUUAAGCCCGCGCUGAGGGGCGUGCCCGCUGCACUUGCAGCCCGGGCUGUGGUGGGUCUGGAGGGCAUUGCAGAGACAGCACCGGAGCCCAGCUCCGGCCCCUGGGGUCCGGGCCGCGUGGCUUCGGCGGGUGGCGCGUGAGUGCGCGCGGCUGUCGUGGCUUCCCCGCCCCUGGCGCAGGGCAGGGCUGCGUGGACAUCCCGCACUCUCCACCCAGCUUCUCGCUCCUCCUCGAGUCCUCUUGGAGCUGCUCCCACUUCUGGUUUGGAGAGACCUGGACUGUUUCCCAGGGAGGCAGCCCUGGGCAGAGCGCCCUCAGAGCUCCUGGCGCCGGCCCGGGCUCCCUCUGGAGUGCGGGCAGCUGCUCCUAGGGCUUGGGGCUGCGGAUCUCAAGGGUUCGGGCAAGGGGGUCUCACAGAAGCCUGGAAUACCGGCUGGAGAAGGAGGCUGCCCGACACAAUCUCCCUUGAGGCGCGCGUCUCUGUUGCCAGCCUCCGAGCGCCCACGAAGUUUGCAAGGUAGAGUAUCCGGACCCCCAACUUCUCGAGGACAUGAAUCAAACAGCCGGAGCCUCCAACAACGUCAGGUGUCCUCCAGGGAAAGGCCAUAAGGAGCUGGUGGGAAGUAACCCUCCACAGAGAAACUGGAAAGGAAUUGCAAUCGCACUGCUCGUCAUCCUUGUCAUCUGCUCCCUGAUCGUCACCUCAGUCAUACUGCUAACACCAGCGGAAGAUACUAGUCUGUCUCAGAAGAAGAAAGUGACUGUGGAAGAUCUUUUCAGUGAAGACUUCAAAAUCCAUGACCCGGAGGCCAAGUGGAUAAGCGAUAAAGAAUUCAUCUAUAGAGAACGGAAAGGGAACGUCAUACUGCGGAACGUUGAAACAAAUAAUUCCACGGUGUUAAUAGAAGGCAAAAAAAUUGAAUCUUUAAGAGCCGUCAGAUAUGAAAUCUCCCCGGAUAAGGAGUACGCAUUGUUUUCCUAUAAUGUGGAACCGGUAUAUCAGCACUCCCACACCGGAUACUAUGUUCUGAGCAAAAUUCCUCAUGGGGACCCUCAGAGUCUGGACCCACCAGAAGUCAGCAAUGCAAAGCUUCAGUACGCCGGGUGGGGCCCGAAAGGCCAGCAGCUGAUAUUUAUCUUUGAGAACAACAUCUACUACUGUGCACAUGUUGGGAAGCAGGCAAUCCGAGUGGUCUCCACAGGGAAGGAGGGUGUGAUCUACAAUGGCCUCAGCGACUGGCUGUAUGAAGAGGAGAUUCUGAAGAGCCACAUCGCACAUUGGUGGUCACCAGAUGGCACAAGGCUCGCCUAUGCCACCAUCAACGACUCCCGGGUUCCCCUUAUGGAGCUGCCAACCUACACAGGCUCUGUGUACCCCACGGUGAAGCCCUACCACUAUCCGAAGGCUGGCAGUGAAAACCCCAGCAUCUCCCUCCAUGUCAUUGGCUUGAAUGGACCCACCCACGACCUGGAGAUGAUGCCGCCUGAUGACCCUCGCAUGAGGGAGUAUUACAUCACCAUGGUGAAGUGGGCCACCAGCACCAAGGUCGCUGUGACCUGGCUGAACCGGGCCCAGAAUGUGUCCAUCCUGACCCUCUGUGAUGCCACCACGGGUGUCUGCACUAAGAAACACGAGGAUGAAAGUGAAGCUUGGCUGUACAGACAGAAUGAAGAGCCCGUGUUCUCCAAGGACGGCCGGAAGUUUUUCUUUGUCAGAGCGAUCCCGCAGGGGGGGCGGGGGAAAUUCUACCAUAUCACCGUGUCAUCAUCCCAGCCCAACAGCAGCAAUGACAACAUCCAGUCCAUCACCUCUGGGGACUGGGAUGUGACCAAGAUCCUAUCCUACGAUGAAAAGCGGAAUAAGAUCUAUUUCCUGAGCACGGAAGACCUGCCACGGAGACGACAGCUCUACAGUGCCAACACAGUGGAUGACUUCAACAGGCAGUGCCUGUCCUGCGACCUGGUGGAGAACUGCACCUACUUCAGCGCUUCCUUCAGCCACAGCAUGGACUUCUUCCUGCUGAAGUGUGAAGGCCCUGGUGUACCUACUGUUACUGUGCAUAACACCACGGAUAAGAGAAAAAUUUUUGAUGUGGAAGUAAAUGAGCAUGUGCAGAAGGCCAUCAGCGAGCGGCAGAUGCCUAGGAUUGAGUACCGGAAGAUUGAAAUAGAAGAUUACAACUUGCCAAUGCAGAUCCUGAAGCCAGCCAUCUUCACCGACACGGCCCACUACCCAUUACUGCUGGUGGUGGACGGUACCCCAGGGAGUCAGAGCGUGUCGGAGAGGUUUGAGGUGACCUGGGAAACAGUGUUGGUGAGCAGCCAUGGAGCAGUGGUGGUCAAGUGUGACGGCCGGGGCAGCGGCUUCCAGGGAACCAAGCUCCUGCAUGAAGUGCGGAGGCGGCUAGGCUUCCUGGAGGAGAAGGACCAGAUGGAGGCUGUGAGGACCAUGCUGAAGGAGCAGUACAUUGACAAGACUCGGGUGGCUGUGUUUGGGAAGGAUUAUGGUGGUUACCUGAGCACUUACAUCCUCCCAGCCAAGGGAGACAAUCAAGGCCAGACUUUCACCUGCGGCUCAGCGCUCUCUCCAAUAACAGAUUUCAAACUCUAUGCCUCUGCAUUUUCCGAGCGGUACCUUGGCCUCCAUGGGCUCGACAACAGACCAUAUGAGAUGGCCAAGCUGUCAAACCGGGUGUCGGUGCUGGAGGACCAGCAGUUCCUGAUCAUCCAUGCCACGGCUGAUGAAAAAAUCCAUUUCCAGCACACAGCUGAGCUCAUCACACACCUGAUCAAGGGAAAGGCCAAUUACAGCUUACAGAUCUACCCAGAUGAAAGUCACUACUUCCACAGCGUGGCGCUCAAGCAGCACCUGUACAGGUCCAUCAUCGGCUUCUUCGUGGAGUGUUUCAGGAUCCAGGACAAGCUACCAACAGCCACAGCAAAAGAGGACGAGGAAGAGGACUAACCGCACUCGAGACCUAAGCACAGACAUGGCUUUUUCUACAACAAUAUGCAACUGAGGAAUCCCCACCAGCACCGGUGUCGGCGUUCCAAAGCAUGUGUCUCAAUACUGAAGGCCACUCAGUGGGGGCAGCAAGCCCCAGGUGGAAGUGAGUCACCACGCAGUCCGGAACAACCCCACCUCAGCACCAUCGCCUACUCCCGGCCCCCAACGACUGGCACAUCCCGAGCCCCUCCCCCAAGGGGACAAAGCGAAGGAUGGAUGACAGUGAGGACGCACUUUGAGUCCAUGAAAGCCAGCCCUUAAGUUCAAGCUUCCUCUCUGUAACAUUGAGGUCCGUCAUCUGCAUUCGCGCACUGCAUUUGUGUUCUCAGCCGUGAGUCUCGUCGGGCCUCGUGUCUGACAGAGCUGUGCCGUGGGAAGAGGACAGCAUGGUUGUCUCGGCGGUGUUCAUACAUGCCUGCCUGACCCCUCUCUGUGGUUAGAAAAGCCCCCACUGUUCCUACCUGCACCCAGAAAACAGGUCUUUUAUGUACAAAGUAAGACUCUAGCUCUGCCCAUGGUUAACCUUGUAGAAUUCCUUUGUAUUUUUCUAUGAUUUUAACUGGACACCCCACUGUCUCUGCCCCUGUACUGUCUCACUCUGAGCUUUCUUUCUUUCUGUCUCCUGUUGUUGCUUUGCUUUCCAUGUUGCACUUGUUUGCUUGUUUGGAUAAAGAGAUCAUUCUGGAACGGCUGCUGUCUCUGUUAAACUUGGUGGAGGUACUGCAGACACCAAGGUCACAGAGCACCCAGCAGUCUUCACUGAAGCCCAUCGGUAAAACCUUCUGCCCCUUCCCCCACCCCAGUGGCGCUAGGACUUGCCUGUGGCUCCAUCGCCCGUCACAUGUGUCCUUAAACUACUGCUCUCCCUCCUCAGUCAGUUGUCCAGUCUUUCCAGGUGACGUUUGGCUCCAUUCCUAGGUCUGCUGAGUAAGCCCACAUCGUGACACCCCAAAGGCCAUGUGGGAGCACGCCCUGUCAUGGCUGCCAUUCUCCCUUCCUGCUCUGACAGCGAGGCUGAUGAGCUUCAUCCCACCUCGUCAGCCUUGUGAGAUACACACUGUCACCUAUAGAUAUAUAUAUAUAUUUCAUUUCAUUGUAUAUAAAGCAAGAAAAGUGUGUCUGGCGUUUGUGCGGUCCCCUCCCCCUUCGAGGCGCUAACUUUGUGUUGAGUUUGCAUGCAGACACCUCUCUGGCUGAUCUGGCCUCUCCAGAUCAGUGCUGCUUUGAAAUAUAUCAAUCGCCAUCAUUUCCUUUCAGGUUUGUUGACAACCUGUAUGUCAGUAAUGAUUGCCCCAGUUUCCACUCCUGAUGGGGUGUCCUGAAACCAUGUCCUCAAAGAUGUGUCCAUGUCGGUUUUUUCUUUUUUCUUUUUUUUUUUUUUUUUUUUUUUUAUGUUUGGGGGCUUUGGUUCCAUCCACAUGAGCUUCAAGCAUUGGUCCUUGUUAGUUCUAUUGGAAGAGUUGCAUCCUGGAGCUCUCUAUAGGUGAUGCAUUGCCAUCGGUGAGAAGGGACCUCAUGCUGACAGGCAAACCAGGCUUUCACUACUUCAGGAGGCUUGGCUGAUGGCAAAGCCCAGGAGAUCUAAAGAGGGGAGCCAGCUCUGGCUGCAGGAAUGGGUGGAGGGCCGCGGGGGUGUGGCAUGGUAGCGUUUGUCAUCCAUGGAAUAAAACAUUAUUUUACCA